UUUUAUAGGAACGAAGAAAAAGACGAGACUAUGUACAUAUUAUAUGAAUAUAUCCAUAAGGGCGAACUCUCCUGUUUGGAAGAGUUUAUCUUAAGAUCUAAUCGAUCAGACAGAGGAACAUUAAUCGUGAGAUAAAAUUGACUCGGUUGUGUCUGUUAAAUCAAUUGCAGUAUAAUGCGAGCAACGUCAGAUGACAGAUAAGGUUGCUGCAUUUCUGUCUCGCAUGACGUUGUAAAAAAACAAAUAUUGCAUCUGAUUGAGUAAUUUCGUUGUACAAUUAAAUAUUAACUUUCAUACAUAUAUAUGAGAUAACGUUUUCUGAAUUCAAAUGUGAAAGAAUCGAGAGUCAAAAACAGUAACGAUCGAAGAAUGAUCGAUCGGCGAUUGAUUUUAAAGUCCGUUGAUUAGAUUAAAACGAGAGAAAUGUUUUGAUUCACCUUUUACUAAUUCCAUUGUUCUCGUAUAAAUUCGGGCGUAACAGAAUCACGAGAUGACAAAGCAAACAGGGUAACUAAAGGAAAAUCAAACACGAUAACACGACGAAAAUAUUGGCGGAGUGCAAAAAUAACCGUGGAAUAUUUAACAAAGUGUGUAAGACGGAAUCAGAGGUGACGUCUUAAGAGGGAGAACACACACUGAGAAGCACGUGUGGAACGAUUACACUCGAGUUAAUUGUGCUUGUCGCAGCGGUUGAUUAAGCGCGAAACACAAUUAAAACAGUACUUCAACGAUAUUUCGUUAAUAUAGACCUCUUCAAUCUCGAGAUAGGCACGCAGAUUUAUUCGUAAGCGUGAACGAAACUUAACGAAUCAUAACAGCGAACAGUGUACAUUAAUUACAGAAUUAAACAAGACCGUGUAUGCAUGUACAUGUACGCUACGAAGCUUCGUUUCUCGAUGAAUACGAAAAAGAGUAAUGUUGUUUGAGUUUGUUUUAACAGUCUGGAAAAUAUCGUUAACGAUAUCAUGGAUGUUGCGAAUGGAAUGUUCGAAGGAUUUGGUCAACAUAAAAUAUUUGUCAUCUGUAGGUAAACCGACAGAGACAACUUUGCUUGACAAUAAUUUGACCAAAUACAGUCUCGAAAGAGAAAAAUGUUCCACUCUCUUUAUUCCGUUGUAGCUUUUACGAAAUACUCGCUAAAUAACGCGCAUGUCGUUGCAAUUACUACUGGCAAUGGAAAAAUCACUUGACAUUGACGAGAUAAGGUAAUUAGCUCGAAAUGGAAAACGAGCAGGAAUUAAAGGUACUGAUAACGACGAAGUUUAAAAAGUUCUCGUUGUUUUCAAUAUUUCCAACGUCGCGAGAUCCAACCGGUAUUAUUAACACUUCUCAUUCCGCUAUUAUUUACUCAUUUCUAUCAAUAUUAGCAUCAGCUACUCUACCAUCUACUAAUACGAACGUUACACAUUACGCACAUGACUGUCACGGAUCUAAGUCACCUACAUACACAUACCAAUUUCCAAUGAAAAAAGGAAUUAGAAAAAGCUCUAAAUCGUUUACAAUUCCAAUGGACGUGCCUGGACGUGAAAGAUAUUUGAUCUUGCGUAAUCGUGGCAAAAUAACAUCGCAGAGGAAUAAAAAAUACCUGUGAUAUUUUCAUUGUUAACUUAGACCACGAUCAUCGGUCGCAUGCUUUUCAUUCCAACGGACUUAACGAGUAACAUUCGCGAGAGCAUUGUGCAAGAAAAAUUGCGAAACGUCAACGCGCGCGUGCUUGUGGUGGAACGUCCUCGUGAUUACGUAAAAAAGAAGAAAAAAAGAAUAGACACAAAGAGACAAAACAGGGAAACAAUGGUCGACUGAAAGGAAAAAAAGACGAACGACUUCGAUCGCUUCUUCGAGUUAAUAGCUCGACUUCUAACGAAGCAGGAAAUGCUACGCGAAACGAACGUGGUGCCGCAGUUAGAUAGGAUCUGCCACGGAAAGAGACGAUUUUCUAGUUCCUCGCUGCUUCGGCGAUCGUUUCGUGGCGUUACGUAUACUCGCGUGAGCUCGAACCAGCCAACUUUCGAUGAAGUUAAAAGAGUGUGUUUCCGUCAUGCUGUGGAUGAACAAAGUAUGAAGUUCCCGUGCUUCCCAAAGCCAAGUAUCCUGGGACAGAGGGGCAGCAUCAAUCUUGUCUCUCUGUCUGGGAAUGAGUCGAACAAUGUGAACAGCACGACCUUAAACCAAAAUGCGAAGAGCCCAGUGGUAACGAGCUACAAAGAAUCUGGUGAACCAGAUCUGACUCAUGGCGUUAUACGACCUUUACCUGGUACUACGGUAAUAUCUAAUGGAAUCGGCCCACCUGUACAGACCCAUGGAAAAAGUAGGGCACCAUUGCCACCACAACAAAAUCACAAUGAGAACGAACAGGAUUCUGUCAGAACUUCGGAUGGUUCCGAUCAACCUGCGAAUCCCAGAGGCGGUAUUAUCGGCAAAACUCCAACGCCACUCUCUGAGCCAACUCCUGUUUACGAAAAGGACGAAAAGAGUAAACAACAGAUUACAAAGGCCAUUUUGGAGAACGAAUUUCUUGGCAACCUUGAGGAAAAUCAGGUGGAAGCGUUAGUCGAUGCCAUGUACCCGAAACAUAUACCACCGAACACCUUAGUAAUUCGAGAAGGAGAUAUGGGAUCGCACCUGUACGUGUCAGCGGAAGGAGAGUUCGAUAUCUACGAGGGCAACAAUUUCCAAAGAAGUUUUGGUCCUGGCGUCGCGUUCGGAGAAAUUGCUUUGUUAUACAACACCAAGAGACUUCGAUCCAUCAGCGUAAAGAAAGGUGGAAAGGUAUGGGUCCUCGACCGAUCCGUGUUUCUCACCGUGAUGAUUGACACAACGCAGAAAAGGCUGGAAGGAAACAUUCGAUUCCUUAAACAAGUUUCUGUUCUCCAAAAAUUGCCCGAGCCAAAGGAUCACGUCCUCGCUAAGAUCUCCGAUCUUCUCCGCGUGGAAUUUUAUCCUGCUGGAGCAAAAAUAGUUACACAAGGAGAGAAAGGUGACAAAUUUUUCAUAAUCAGCGGUGGAAACGUUAGAAUAACAAAAGACACCGAGGAUGGUGACGAAGAAGAGCUAGUGGUCCUUGGAAAGGGUCAAUACUUUGGAGAAAUAGCCCUUUAUGACGACACCGGUGAAAAUCGUCGACACGCCAACGUCAUUGCACUGGCACCUGGUGUCGAGUGUUUAACUUUGGACCAACAUUCCUUCCUGAAUUAUUUGGGUGGUCUUGACGAAAUACGAAACAAGGAUUGGUUAGCGGAAUACGGAAAACAGAAACAAUCGCUGACGCUGAAGAAGUGGACUAGCGAGUAUUCGAAAGUCACUUUGGCCGAUUUAGAGACCAAAGCAACGCUAGGAGUUGGAGGGUUCGGCAGAGUGGAAUUAGUCAUUUUAAAGUCAGACCCUCAGAAGAGUUUUGCUCUCAAGAGGCUGAAGAAGAAGGUGAUGGUCGAACAGCAGCAACAGGAACACGUGCUGAACGAGAAACACAUUAUGCAAGCCUGUGAUUCUCCAUUCAUAUGCAAGCUCUACCAAACGUACAAGGACCGGAAAUACGUAUAUUUCCUGAUGGAAGUCUCUCUAGGUGGAGACGUGUGGACAACUCUCCAAAGAAGACGAUUCUUCGAUGAGUCAACUACACAAUUCAUGGUAGGAUGCGUGGUGGAAGCUUUGGAUCAUCUUCAUUCGAUGAACAUUAUUUAUCGUGAUCUAAAGCCAGAGAAUCUUAUGCUCGACGCUCGUGGAUACUUGAAACUAGUUGACUUCGGCUUCAGUAAAAAGAUCGGGCCAUCGAAAACGUGGACCUUCGCUGGUACGCCCGAGUACGUGGCGCCAGAAAUUAUUUUGAACAAGGGACACGAUAGGGCGGUGGAUUACUGGGCUCUCGGGAUUUUAACUCACGAGCUACUAAUCGGUAAGCCACCAUUCCGAGGUUCUGAUCAUAUGUCCAUUUACAACAAGAUUCUGAAAGGUAUCGAAGUGGUCGGAAUACCUAAUUCCAUUAGCAGAAACGCCAGCAGUAUCAUCAAGAAGCUUCUUCGUCUAAGUCCUUCUGAACGUCUUGGCUACCAAAGAAAUGGCAUCCAAGAUAUUCGAGAUCACAAAUGGUUCAAUGGAUUUAAUUGGCAAGCCUUGCAGAAAUUAACCUUGCCAGCGCCAAUCGUUCCAACAAUACGAAAUCCGACCGAUACGAGGAAUUUCGAAAAGUAUCCGCCAGACCGUAAUGUUCCACCGGACGAGUUCUCUGGAUGGGACGCGAGCUUCUAAGCAGGAAAAAUCGCACGAUAAUCUAAGCUGUACAUGAUUUCUCCAUUAAACGUUUGAUAAGAGUCAUGAAAUGAUAGAAAAAGUGAACAUGAAGGACAAAAAUAAUGUUUUCAAUACCCCACAAUAAAAGUAUACCGAUAGCAAAGAGAUUAUCGUUAUCUUUAAUCGAUUCGUAUAUUAUAGAUGUGUAAUUUCCUAUGUAUGUUUCCUGCAUUCGAAGACACUAAUGUAUGAAGACACUAAUCUUGUAUCUUAUGACUAAACUGUAAUUAAUUAGCAAUAUGUAAUAGCAAUAUAUAUAAUUCUUGUAAAAGAAGUAGAAAGCGAACAAAAAGAUACUCUGCGACCGAUAAUAAUUUUAACCAUGAUAAUUUUAAUAUUAAUAAUUAAUAAUAAAUUUAUAGGUACAUGAGUUGUUAA